AUGAAAAUACAAAGAAAAUAUAUUUUUCUGUUUUUACCUCCACCAAGAAAGAUAAGGCAUUUUUAGCCAUGUUUGUCUGUCUGCUGUUAAACAACAUAACUCAAACAGUUAAAGGGCUGAUUAUGGAUAUUAUCGGCGAUGACCCAAGAAAUUUAAAGUUUGGCUUGAUUUGUGUCAUUGUUACAGAUAAUAUUGUUGACUGCCAUUUAUUUUAACUAUAUAUUUGCAGCCCCUUUAUGACAAAAUGAUCUAUGAUAAUGGUUAAAUUGUAGGGCAUAUUUGCACAUCAUGCCCCAAACCACCUGUGUCUACAAUGUGUUUUAGAGGAAGGACAAAGAGGAGACAUUCUCAUAGGGAAGUGGUCUGUCUUAUUACUAAUGAGCUGAGAAAAAUUUGCUAGAUACUUUUAGUUCCGCAGAUGACAAGAAAAGCAACAUCCUGACACGUCACUUUUGAAAAUGGGCAGUGUUUAAUCUGCGUGAUUCAACGGUUACAUAACCUCAUUGUCAGUUGACCGGUCCAGUCUUCAAGACUUUGCAGGCAAAACGAAAGUUAGAGAAUCAGAAGGGACGAGCGAUGGAGUUGCAGCAGGUGACCACAAAGACGGACGGACGUAAGGAAGAUGAUGGUGCUAAAGAGCCAAUGCUAGGGGUCAAAAAAACCGAAGAGGAAACACAACCAGACCAUUACUCUAAACUACGUAAUCCAUCUGAGGACGUCUACACAGAGGCACAUUUAGGUGGUUCUUCAGUCAAAGCAAAAGCAGAGGAAGCACAGCCAGACUCGGCUGAGGACGUCUACGCAGAAGCUCAUUUUGGUGAUUCUUCAGGCAAACAGGCUGUGGGAAAUGUCAGUCUGUACCGUGUUGGGUGCUUAGUCCUCGCAGUACUCUGCCUUGUCCUGCUGCUGGUCGUCAUUGUACUCAGUAUGAAACUCCAAACUGUGUGCUCAGAGGGAGAGGUGGCAGACGUGCAGCAAUCAACCUGCAGCUUUGAACAAUGCCAGGCUCGCUACGGUACUGGCCAAGGCCAUGUUGGCGGCUGCAGCCAGUGUCCUCCUUCGUGGCUGACUCUUGAGAAGUCAUGUUAUUUCCUGUCACGACACAGACUGAGCUGGGAGGAGAGCAAGAGCUAUUGUGCUGAAAGAGGUGGAACUCUGGCUGUCAUCAACAGCCAGAAACUUCAGUUUCUUCUGUCUGAGCAUGGCAACCUGAUGUACUGGAUCGGGCUAAUACACAAAGGAAACAAAUGGAGCUGGGUCAACAACGACUCAGUGCAAAAGAGCUACUGGGAAAAUAAUGUGACACCAGCGGGUUGUGGAGUCCUGAACAGUCGAGGCCCACCUGAGAAGAACUGGCUGAGUCACAACUGCGACAAUUACACCUACUUCAUCUGUCAGCUGAACAUCUGAUAGCGUCGUCUUUUUUAACAGAAACAUGAGCAAACCAAUUCUCUGUCAACGGCGGCUCAAUAGCACUUCCAAUCAUUCAUCUUUCCACUUCACACUUUAAUCGAUAGUUUUCAGCAAAUAUAUAUUGUGAAGCUUUUUUAGAGUAUAGAUUUUUGAAUGUAAAAAAACUGUUGGGCCAUUUAUACAAAUAUUUGUAUUGUUUGCAUUUCUGUGUAGAAUCAUCUGUCCUUUUGAUCAGGGUUUGUCAUCCUUGCUGUAUGAUUCUUUAUUCUGCUGUAUGAAAAAAAAAGAGGCCAGUAACCUUUUUUAACAACAUUUUAUUUCAUAUAAAAUUGUCAUAAUUUCCCAUGUACACUGAAUGACUACAUUUGACUUUCUUUUAGCUUAGUAUAUACAGUAUUGCUGCUACAUACACGUGUGUGUAUAUUGCUAUAAAAAUAACAUAAAAUAACUCUUUUCUAUAGCAUAAUACUGCAGGAAUAAUUGCACUAUAAAGAGAAACUUCUUGCAAGUUAAUUCACUGAAAUUCACCACCACUUCAAAGCCCAAGUCUGUAAUUUGUUUCAGAAUCACGUUUUUUAAAUGUUUGUUAUUUGUUAAAAUCCUCCUGACGUACAGGUAGCCACCAUAGUAAAAGCACCAUCUCCUGUUUGUCCUCUUGAUAUACUGAUAUUCAUAGUGCAGGUAUAAAUCUUAAUAAAAAGGCUGAAAAAACACA